UUCUAGACAUGGCGCUCUACAAGGCGAUCUGCGUGGCGGCGCUGCUGACUCUGUUUACUCAAGAAUCUUCUUCUCAGUUAUCAGAUUGUGGUCAACCAGCACUAAACACCAAGAUCGUUGGAGGAGCAGUGGCUUCUAUAGGGUCGUGGCCCUGGCAGGUCAGUCUGCACGGCUCCUCGGGCCACUUCUGUGGAGGAUCUCUGAUCAACAACCUGUGGGUUCUGACUGCAGCUCACUGCGUCCCGAAGUAAGCAAUCUAAUCCAUCUGAUGUGAGCAGGAGUCUUCUGUCUGAAGAAAACAACUUUACUAUUCAAACUGGUU